CCCACCGCGAUCAUGGCGGCUCCCUUAGCGCAGUUCGAUGAGGACUGGCAGGAUUUCAACGAGUUCAGAGCGCCGCCGGCUACUUACCAGCUGGACCAGGUGAACUCCAACGGCAUCGCUGGCACCAGCACCGCCGUCGGCGGCUGCGGGGCGCUGGAGCACAGCCUGGAGGAUUUCUCCGAGCUGGACAACUUCUCCGGGGAGAUCGUGAGCUUCAAGUCGAUGGAGGACCUGGUCAACGACUUCGACGAGAAGCUGACGGUGUGUUUUCGGAACUACAACACCAACACGGAGAACAUCGCCCCGGUCAAGCCCAUCUCCGAGGAAAGCAUCAUGAGAGACGACGAGAUUUGGAAUGCACUGACCGAUAACUAUGGUAAUGUAAUGGCUGUGGACUGGAAGACAUCCCACACUCGUGCUUUGCACCUGCCAACACUGAAUCUAUCAGAAAAGGCGCUGAAUGAUAACCUCAACCUUGAUCUUUCUGAUGAUGAGGAGCUACGGGAUCAGUUGGACAUGCAUUCCAUUAUUGUCUCUUGUAUAAAUGACGAGCCACUCUUCACAGCUGAACAGGUGAUUGAGGAAAUAGAAGAAAUGAUGCAAGAAUCUCCUGACCCUGAGGAAGAUGACACACCCACACAGUCUGACCGACUUUCCAUACUUUCCCAGGAAAUUCAGACGCUCAAGAGAUCUAACACCAGCAACAGCUAUGAAGAACGAGUGAAGCGAUUGUCUAUGGCUGAAUUAAAUGAGCUUCUGGAGGAGAUUGAGACUGCAAUAAAAGACUACUCAGAGGAGCUGAUUCAACAGCUAGCCUUGCGUGAUGAGCUCGAGUUUGAAAAAGAGGUGAAAAACAGCUUCAUCUCCAUACUCAUUGAGGUCCAAAACAAACAGAAGGAGCAUAGGGAAACAAUGAAGAAGAAAAAGAAACAAAAGAAUGGAAGCCCACAAAAUGGAAAGCAGGAAAAAAGUCAUAUGCCGGGAACGUAUUUGACAACAGUCAUCCCUUAUGAGAAGAAGGCUGGCCCCCCAUCCGUAGAAGAUCUUCAAAUCUUGACCAAAAUCCUUCAAGCAAUGAAGGAAGAUAGUGAGAGAGUACCAAGCUUGCUGACAGAUUACAUUCUGAAAGUGCUCUGCCCAACUUAAAGCCAGCACUCUUCCUUUACACCAGAGGGGCAUGAAGAUCGCAUUCUGCUGACUCCCAUGAAGAGAAAAACACCUUUAUUUUCCAAUGCCUCCCAGUCUAAUAAUUUCUCUUAUCCUAGAAUGUCUUGCUUAGCUUGUCUUUUUUUAAUUUCACUAGUCUUCAGAGAGUAGUUUAAUUGCAUGGCAGUGAAGAUUUCUCCCUACCCCCCAGACAUUGUAGUGGACAGUGUUAGACAACCUGCCUGCAGGUUCGAGUGUUACCACCAUGCCCCAGUACAAACCCAGCUGGUUGUUUCUACCAGAGCGUAAAACAAAAGAACAGCUGUACAGUUUUAACCAUGAGUAUUGUAUUAGCAGCGCAAUAUCUAUUUUUACAAUGUGUAGGAUCUAGAGAAGUUAACUUUUUAUCAUUAAGGGAAGCUGUUCAAGCAACAGUGAGUGUAAAUAGGCUCCAAGAAUUUUAACCAAACCCACAAAGCAGCAAACCUGUAUUUUAUUAUUUAUUCCAAUUAUGCUAAUUUUCAAAAAGGGAACAAAUAGUUUAACUGCACUACUGAGGCAUCCCAUCAUACUAUGGCUCCUUUAAUACAGUGCUCACUAAUAGCCCUUUUUUGGGGUUUUAAAUGAGUGCCUGGUUUGAAAAUGUAAAAAGCACCCAAGUUGCUGCUGAUUGCAAAAUUGCAAACAAAUGGAAUUCUGUAAAUUUGUGUGAUCUGUUUCUGAAUAUCCUCCAUAGAUAGGAUUUGAGACACAUGUUGGUAGUAACAGAGGAGCUCAUCUGCCAACAGAUUUGUUUUUUCUGCCACACAACUCUAUUUAGGUUGAAGAAUGCAAAUGCUUAUUAAAGAAUAACUUUUUAUUGGUUACAAAAGUUGAAAUAGACCUGGUUCCCCCCUCUCCCCUCCUCUGAAAAUUAUCUCUUACUUGGGGUAUUUUUAAAAUAUAUUUUCAUAGCAAUGUGACCGUAAUGCUAUAGAUAUUGGCCUCCAUUGUGUUUUUGUUGUGUCUAGGAAAGGUUCUUCUGAAGGUUAAUUUUUAUUUGAGGAGGGUACUGAAUACUUCUAAGUGUUAAAUGAAAGCUGAGGUAGGCCAACAAAAGCAGGGAGGCUGAUCCUUAAAUAAAAUUAAGCAUUAAUUGGCUGCAUCAUCUUUAUGUUUACUGCAAGAAAAGAAAGUGAGUUCGAUUUGUGAAUUGUGCCAGCUGAAUCAAGACACUACUCAACACGAACUGGACCCAGCACGCAGGCUUCUGUUUGAUGGAUCAUAUCGUAAAAUGUUUUGUAUUCAUCCUGUGUCUCAGUUCAUCAAAACAUACUGAUUAAUGCUAAUCAUGUGCAAUGAAUGUUAAUAGGUUCAUCAUUAGCAGUCUAGUUAAAUUAUAUAUUUCUUAAUGGUAGUCGUAAGGGGAUAUUAUUGUGAAUGCGUUUAGCCCAUAUGUAAAUUAAAGGCAGCAUGCUAACCAUGAUUGUAAACUGUGUAUGUACUGUGGUUUCAGUUAAGAUAUAAUAGGAAUUUUUUUAAAGUGCUUGUACUUCUCCUUUUCUCAUUUGUCCCUACUUUCUUUGCCUUUCACUGCCAAAAUUAUCAACAAAAACGAUCUUAACAAAAACCCUACAUGUGACUGAGAAUCAGUUCACACUUUAUUGAACUGCAGCGCAUGCAGUAGUUUUGAAGUGAAAGUCCGGCUUUGAUACAAUUGCUUGCAAGUUUGGCUGAUGGCUUCAGUAAAGUGGCUGCUGUGUGAGAAGCAGAGCCUUGUCAUUGUACUGUACCAUCACGAGAUUUACAGAAUGGAGGAAAGUAGACAUGCACAAAGCACACAAGUUAAAAGCUGGUAAUGCCACAAUACUAGAGCUGCAUGAGCAAUUAUUCCGAAACUAUGCUGAAACAUAUCUUUAACAGUACCUGCAGAGUCUGUUGAACCAAGCAUGCUUGUGUAUACACAUGCUGUAAUAAUCCUGUAACUUGAUAUGGUUUUCUUUUUAGUUGUGAAUAACAGACCUUUGGCAACUAUUUUUUUUGUUAAUUUUCAUGUAGAAUAUCAAUAUUUUUUAAGUGGCAGUAGUCUUAAUUUAUUAUUCCUGUAUCUUUGGCAGCUUGUAAAGUUUGUGGCAGUAAUUUUAUUUCAUAAUGCAACUCUUUGAGAACAAAUAAACUUGAUUUACACA